AUGUGUUUUAGAAUGUGUUCAGUGUUGGCUCUAUUGACUGCUUAUCAAAUUGAGCAAGGAUUUCAAGAAGUGAAAAAUUAUGCCCAAACUCAUGAAGUAUUAUUGCCAAGGGUUUUCACUUACUUUUCAAGUUUUUGGCUUAUAAGAAAUUUUCAAAACUUUUAUUUUAUUGUUUUUAUGUGCACUGUCAACCACGUCGCACAAACAACAAUUUAG